GUCGGUGUUCGGUCUGAAAGCGGAAGCGGCCGGUGGAGUUUUUCAUGAACUAUUAGCUGUUAGCUGUUAGCAGGGGCGGAGGCGAGUCGUCGGGUUGAAGAAUUAAAAUCAGGUUUUGUUACUAAAAAUCAGAGCGUCGGCCAAAACUAGAGCUUAGUCCUCUGCAGGGCCACACAGGACAGUAAUAACGUGGACAUUUAUCACGCGCUGAGCUUUGAAGACAGAGACAGGAAGCAGUUUGUGUUUGGGUGACGUCUCCAGGCUGGGUCCGUGGGGACCCCACUGUUCAUGUUUCUCUUUCGGUUUGACGUGGGAGCCCUUCACCUUCUCGUCACGCCUCUCUGCACGGAAUCUUUCUGGUUCAUCUACAUCUCACAGGCCUUUGUGUCCUUGUUUCAAAACGUUUCGCUUUUUUCUGCUUAUUUUGUGUGAAACCUUCAUUAUUUAGCAGCUUGAUCUUCUCCUUACUGGCACUUUGCGUCAUUACUCUCUCUGAGGCUCUUCCACUCAGUCUGACUCUAUUAUGCAGCAUGUGUGUGGGAGGACUCCACCAGUGUUUUUUCUCUGUGAAGGAAGCCCCGCCCUGACGGCAGCCGAAGGCACCGCCCCACCUCGCAACUUUGCUGAGACGCUGCCGACAGAAAUGACCGUGAGGAUCUUUGGCGAGCUGGACGCGGCGAGCCUGUGCAGCGCGGCGAGGACCUGCAGGCUGUGGCAUCAGAUCAUCGAGCAGAGCGAGCAGCUGUGGAGGAAGCAGUGCCUGAUGGUCCGAGCCAUCUGCCAGAGGGAGGUCGACAGCGACCGGAGACACGGCCUCUCCUGGAAGGUGAUCCUGGUGAGGAACUACAUCCGCAGCCGUGUGAAGAAAGACUGGCUGAUUGGACGGUUCAGCCACGUGAGGUCGGCGGACGAGCUGAGCGGCAGGAAGCUGACGCCGCUGGACGCGGAGACCUGGGGCGAGAUCCUGGAGGCCGAGCUGGAUCGAUGACGUCGUUCCGGUUUUAUCAAAGCACCUCGAGCACUUCUGAUUUUUAACUCUAAUAUAUUCCCCCUGCAGUUUGUGUUUCACGGGAAACGCAAACUUUUGUACAUAUUUUUUUAAUUUUUUUAUAGAAAAAAAUCACAGAGAAACAAAGUGAAACUUUUUUUUUUUUUUAAAUUUGAGCCUUUUAGUUUUGGGUUCGUGUAAAUAUGACGAUGAUACAAUAAACCAUCUUUGUGAGGUU